CCCUGUUAUGCCAUUCAUAAUCACUUCUCAUGUGCAGCCAAUCCCCAACUUCUCCCUGCCUCCCCCCUCCCCAUUUGCCACUGUUUAUAAAUGAGUCAGUUGAGAUCAGAGAGGUGAGCGCUUGCAUUUACUUUCUCCCUCCACUUCAAGUACCUCCACUUCAAUAGCCUCUAGCACACCUUGAAAACUACUGGUGAGAUCACACUCUGGAUACCAGGCUGCCAGCUUAUUAAAGGAUUUGCCUCAUCACAUGUUAAGGACCAAAUCAUGAAUAAGGUUCGGCCUCGAUACAUAGUUGAUCGAUCUACGUACUCCCUUGACCUUUUCAAUGAGGAAUAUGAGAAAAAAAAUCGCAGUUAUCCAGUGGGCGGAAAAGCAAGAAAGUUGUUCAGUUGGACACCGGCCAAAUUUAAAGCACUUGUGUUUGGUCUCUUACCAAUUCUAACUUGGGUACCCAAGUAUAAAUUAAAAGAAUAUGCACUCCCAGAUCUGCUUGGUGGUCUCAGCGCUGGAACAAUUCAAGUCCCACAAGGCAUGGCUUUUGCCCUUCUUGCUAACCUCCCACCUGUUAAUGGAUUGUACUCUUCCUUCUUUCCCCUUGUGCCUUACUUCUUCCUGGGAGGAAUUCCACAGAUGGUACCAGGAACAUUUGCUGUCAUUAGUAUAAUAGUGGGAAAUGUGUGCAUGGAGCUAGCUCCUGAGUCCAACUUUCAAAAAGUGAAUGAGACUACAAAUAUCACCAUAACAGACACAGAAGCCAUGAAUCAAGCAAGACUACAAGUUUCAGCAACACUGGCAUGUCUGACAGCCAUCAUACAGAUUGCCUUGGGAUUUGUACAGUUUGGCUUUGUUGCCAUAUAUCUGUCUGAAUCCUUCAUCCGUGGUUUUAUGACUGCAGCUGGCUUACAAAUUCUUAUCUCUGUGCUCAAGUAUAUAUUUGGAAUCACAGUGCCACCAUACAGUGGUCCUUUGGCUAUUGUUUAUACCUUUAUAGACAUCUGCAAGAACCUUCCACAUACCAACGUGGCAUCCUUGGUCUUUGCUCUGGUCAGCACAGUGCUUCUAAUUGUCGUCAAAGAACUGAACUUCAAGUACAUGCAUAAGAUUCGCUUUCCCAUCCCUAUGGAGAUCAUCAUUGUCAUAAUUGCUACAGCUGUCUCUGGCAGUUUUAACCUACCUGAAAAAUAUAACAUGAAUGUAGUGGGACAAAUACCUUUAGGCUUUCCUAAACCUACAUUACCUACUGUUAGUCAAUGGGGAGAUAUGAUUGGCACAGCUUUCUCCCUUGCUAUUGUUGGCUAUGUAAUUAAUCUUGCUAUGGGAAGGACUUUAGGAGCAAAACAUGGCUACGAUGUUGACCCAAACCAGGAAAUGUUGGCUCUCGGUUGUAGUAAUUUCUUUGGAUCAUUUUUCUUCAUUCAUGUGAUUUGUUGUGCUCUAUCUGUAACUCUGGCAGUGGAUGGUGCUGGAGGAAAGUCACAGAUGUCUAGUUUCUUUGUUAUGAUGGUGGUGAUGGUGACUAUGCUGGCACUUGGCACCUACUUAAACCCUCUGCCCAAGGCUGUCCUUGGUGCCUUAAUAGCAGUGAACCUCAAGAAUUCUUUAAAGCAACUUGCUGACCCUUUCUACCUCUGGAAAAAAAGCAAGCUCGAUUGUUGUGUCUGGGUUGUGAGUUUCCUCUCUACCUUCAUCCUUGGCCUUCCCUAUGGAGUUGCCGUUGGUGUAGGCUUUUCUGUUCUGGUUGUCAUCUUUAGUACACAAUUUCGCAAUGGUUCAGCGCUGGGUCAGGUCGCAUCUACUGAUCUAUACAAAAACCCUAAAGUAUACAGCAAGGUUCAGUCUAUUGACGGGAUCAAGAUUGUGAAUUACUGCUCUCCACUUUAUUUUGCCAAUUCAGAGAUAUUUAGACAGAAGGUUAUAAAGAAGACUGGACUUGAUCCUUGCAAAGUCUAUCUGGCCAAAAAGAAGUACCUGAAAAAACAUGAAGCAGAAGAACAUAAAAGACAAAGGGGGUCUGUCUUCAUGAAAAGCAAGACAUUAUCACUGCAAGAACUACAAGAGGAUUUUGAUGGUGCACCUCCAACUGAUUCCAACAACAAUAGUACAGUGAACGGAACGAACAAUACUAUCAGUUAUAUAGCAUCAAAUACUCUAACAGUGGGGUCAACAAUUCCUGUCAUUAUUCCAAAUGGUGUAUCCACCCCAGCACAAACUGAAGAUCCUAUCAUCAUGGCACCUCCGAUUGUUAAUUUCCAUACCGUCAUCAUUGACAUGAGCGGCGUGUGCUUCGUAGAUCUGAUGGGUAUCAAAGCCUUAGGAAAGUUGUGUUCCAGUUACCAGAGGAUCGGAGUGAACUUUUAUUUAGCAGAUGUACAAGCUCAAGUAUAUGAUGACAUUGAGCUUGGUGGAGUCUUUGAGGGAGAUCUUAGUCGGGAUCACCUUUUCCUUACUGUACACGAUGCUGUGCUUUAUGCAUUAGCGAACAAUACAGGAAUAGGACAUACAACAUUUUCUGGGAAGGGUUCUGGUGACACAGAGAUUUUUGUGCAGGACACACAAGAUGAAAUCAAUGAGGAUUAUCCAAAUCUUGAAGAGGCCAUGUUUGGCAGUAUGUUCCAAGCUGAAAUUCAAACAGCGUUGUGAGGCCUUAUUUGAACAGUGGUUUCCUGCAGACAAAAUGAUGCUUCAUUCCUUGUAAAAUCAUAUGUAUGACAUAGGGGGGUGUUCAAAGCACAGUUGCUGACACCAGUUCAAGCCAAGAAACCAACCAUUUUUUUACUCUGGGAUAUCAGUGCCUGUUGCCUUUCAGCCAAGAAAGGAACAAACUGACUCAGGUGACGUGAUACGGUUUCAUGUGCAGAAACUGAUAGCUGCUUGGACAGUGACUUCCCACUGGUACCUCAAACUUCAUACUGUCGUAAGCCCUCUUCAAUGUGCCUGUUGAAGACGAGAAGUUCACUCAUGUCUCCCAAGGAUCUCUUACUCAUGAAAUUAAGGAAACAAAAGUAAAUGGAAUUUUCAUGGAAUAUACUUCCCAAUGAACUCUCUCUUUGUAUGUACCAGAAUAUUUCAUGAUGACAAUGUAAAAAACUUGAUAUUCCUUGGACCAACGUUGACUUUGCAAGCAAAUGCAAAGUAAGCAAUAAUUAUUCUAUGCUGCUUUCUGUAAAUCAGGCUAUGAAUGUACGGACUUAAUAUUUAUGCUGGUAAUUGAAAUCAAACCAUUUAUGAGAAAUCAAAGGCUUUAACCUACUUCCUGCUGCAGGGAUUACUAUUAUUAAUAUUAUUAUUAUCCACAGAUGUGAAGUAUACACCAUCUUGUAUUAGAACGUAAUACAUACAAUGAAUGUCAAUGGCCAAGGUGUUUACGACUUUAGCACUAGCACUGCAGAGCUAAAAACACUAUGCUGCAGUCAAGAUAUAAAAUGCACGAUGUCUCCAAUGUAUAUAUGAGAAGUUAGUUCUACAAUGUUAUUUAUUUCACGUGGAUGUUGAUCGCUGUAUAUGCCAUUAUUAAAUCGCAGGCAUUAAACAACAGGUCACAACAGUGACACAAAUUACAUAUUGUUCAUUGUCCUGUUACUGCGUAUAUUUAUUAAAGGGGUAUUCCCGGGA